AUGAGAUUUGUUCAUAUCUGCUUAAUUAUAGCUAUUGCAAGUGCAACAAAAUUCUUAGAUGAAACCACAGUUUUUGGAUAGGAAGCAGAAGUUUAAAUUUCAUAUGAUCAACCAACAUCGUUAUUCACAGAAGAUUAAUUGGCUCAAAAUACGGAGUAGGGGAUGAAUAAAAAUGAACCCUUCGACUACUAAUCAGAAUAGAUAUCACCACUACAAAGCACUGAACAAUAACAAAUUUUAUUAGCCUAUGAAAAGGAUCUCUUACCAUAAGGAGACUGCGUAAUUUUAUAUGCUGAAUGUCAAUUCAAAGGGACAUCAAAACAAGUUUGCAAAGGAGUAGAAGAAGUGAUGAGCUUUUCCCUUCCUGUGUAUUCAAUUUAUGUACCUGAAUUGUAUACUAAAAUAUAUAUUAAUAGAUAACAAUUUUCAACAAUUGAUGUGAAUAGUAAUUCCCAAGUUACCUUUUUAACCAGCGACAAGUGUUUAAAUUAACCAAUUGUAAUGGCUGAUACUCAAUUAGAUUUUUUCAUCGCAAAGUCAAUGUCAAAUUGGAUUGGAGAAAACACAGGUAUCAUUAUUAUCAAUCUAUUUAAGUAAUAACUUAAUUGAUUCAACAAGAGGAGGUAGAAAACUAAGAAUCAGCAACUCAAUAAGUUGAAUAGUAAGAAAAUACAGCUGAAUAGGUUGAUUAAUAAGUUUAAGUGUCAGCAGAUGGAAAUGCUGAGUAAUAAGUUGAUUCAGCAGUUGUAAAUGCUGAAUAAUAGGUUGAUCAAUCAUAAGCAGAAUAAUAAGUUGAUUAAACAUAAACUGAAUAAUAAGUUGAAUAAACAUAAACGGAAUAAUAAGUUGAUUAAACAUAAACAGAACAAUAAGUUGAUCAAUCAUAAACUGAAUAAUAAGUUGAUCAAUCAUAAACAGAACAAUAAGUUGAUCAAUCAUAAACAGAACAAUAAGUUGAUUAGUAGUAAGAUGCUNAAGAUGUUCUCAUCAAAAACAUAUGCUUAAUUCUAUAAUUAUUAAAAACAAAUGAUAUCUUAUGCUUUUUAACAUCUUAUACUAAAUAUGAAAUUUAAUAUAAAAUUUUGAUGAAAAAUGCAUAUUAAUCUGAGAAUUAAUUUCAUAAUAAUAAAUAAUUCAUUCAUUAUUAUUUGCGAAUCCUCCUUAGAAUUGUUUAUACACUCUAUUCAAAGAAACUACUGAAAAUUACUAAUUUAUAUUUAUUUAUAAUAAUAAUUGCAUUUGCUUUUAAACAAAUAUCGGAUUAAUUAACUAAGCUAUGUCUUAUUAAUUUAAUUCGUUUUUUAUUUAUGAGAUUUGUUCAUAUCUGCUUAAUUAUAGCUAUUGCAAGUGCAACAAAAUUCUUAGAUGAAACCACAGUUUUUGGAUAGGAAGCAGAAGUUUAAAUUUCAUAUGAUCAACCAACAUCGUUAUUCACAGAAGAUUAAUUGGCUCAAAAUACGGAGUAGGGGAUGAAUAAAAAUGAACCCUUCGACUACUAAUCAGAAUAGAUAUCACCACUACAAAGCACUGAACAAUAACAAAUUUUAUUAGCCUAUGAAAAGGAUCUCUUACCAUAAGGAGACUGCGUAAUUUUAUAUGCUGAAUGUCAAUUCAAAGGGACAUCAAAACAAGUUUGCAAAGGAGUAGAAGAAGUGAUGAGCUUUUCCCUUCCUGUGUAUUCAAUUUAUGUACCUGAAUUGUAUACUAAAAUAUAUAUUAAUAGAUAACAAUUUUCAACAAUUGAUGUGAAUAGUAAUUCCCAAGUUACCUUUUUAACCAGCGACAAGUGUUUAAAUUAACCAAUUGUAAUGGCUGAUACUCAAUUAGAUUUUUUCAUCGCAAAGUCAAUGUCAAAUUGGAUUGGAGAAAACACAGGUAUCAUUAUUAUCAAUCUAUUUAAGUAAUAACUUAAUUGAUUCAACAAGAGGAGGUAGAAAACUAAGAAUCAGCAACUCAAUAAGUUGAAUAGUAAGAAAAUACAGCUGAAUAGGUUGAUUAAUAAGUUUAAGUGUCAGCAGAUGGAAAUGCUGAGUAAUAAGUUGAUUCAGCAGUUGUAAAUGCUGAAUAAUAGGUUGAUCAAUCAUAAGCAGAAUAAUAAGUUGAUUAAACAUAAACUGAAUAAUAAGUUGAAUAAACAUAAACGGAAUAAUAAGUUGAUUAAACAUAAACAGAACAAUAAGUUGAUCAAUCAUAAACUGAAUAAUAAGUUGAUCAAUCAUAAACAGAACAAUAAGUUGAUCAAUCAUAAACAGAACAAUAAGUUGAUUAGUAGUAAGAUGCUUAAGUUUAAGAAUAAUAAUCAACAGAGAAUGUAUAGCAAUCUACAUAAGAAUAAACAGAAUAAAAUGAAGACACAUAAUAAUAGCCAGAAUAGAAUAUUCAAUCAGAAAAUUAAUAGGAAUAAGCAUAAGAAAAUACAUCUACUGAAUAAAAUUAAGAAGAUUAAACAUAAUAAACAGAUUAAACUUAGGAAUAAGUAGAAUAACAAUCAGAAGCAGCUACACAAAAUGAGGAAUUAUAAUAAAAGGAAAUGGAGGAAGUUGUAGAAACUGUUGCAGAAAUCGUAUAAUAAGUAGAAGAAAAAUAAGAGGUUGAAUUAUAAACUGAAAAAGAGUAAUUGAAGUAAGAAGAGGAAGCCUAAUCAUAAUAGUAAACAUAAUAAUAAACAGAAUAAUCUGUUGAUGAUAUUCCAAAAAAUUAAGAACCACAAUAAUAGUAUUCCUAAUCUGAAACAGCAGAACCACUUGUAGGAUAAUCAUAAUAUACAAAAUGAUUGUAAUCAUUAUUAAAAUUAACAUUAUAAUAUAUCUAGG